ACUCAUGCUGAGACAUUGACGGAUGCAAACAGUCGGCUUUGUAUUUGAGGAACAAGUGAAAAUCUUAUUAAUAAAAUUAUCUGGGAUACAUUACAAGCUUAUUUUUCAGGCCAAGACAAUAGUGAUUGCUCAUAAGAGACAAGGGGACAAUAUAAAAGCGAAGCGUCGAGGAUGAAUUGCCAUUGGGGACCAUUGGCAGUGCAGAAAGGAGCUACUCAGUUGAAUUAUGUCUUUAUUGCACGUGUUUGGACUUGCCCUGCCUGCCAAGGACCAAUCCAAAAUUACUGACGCUGGUGAGUGUGUCAGGAUGCUCUGGUCCAAGCACUUUCUUUUUGUCUCUUAAGACUCGUCAGUGCAUGGCUUCAGCCUCUUUAUACUUGCCCUGCUGGUCAAGGAUCAAACCAAGGUUGUUGAUGCUGGUGAGUGUGUCUGGAUGCUUUGGUCCAAGCAGCUUCUCUCGAUGCUCAAGAACCAUCUUAUACAUUGUUCAAACAUUCCCCACACUUUCGCGCAAGAUAAAUCAUCUCAUCAUCUGCUUUGUUAUGGUUGACAGCUGCGAAUUGUGCAUGUGAUAUAUACGUCCUCCACGUUGUCCGGUUGGUCUCAUUGACAUAUGCUGCUGUUUGGACGAUGGCCAGUGGAAGGUAGGUGAGCUUUUGAAGCAAAAAGUCGCCAAUACGGAGCCAUUGGUUUCAACCAGUGCUGGAAUUGAUCA